UUAUAUGUCAAACGUACCACGUACGUAACAUAAACUUAACGGGACACCUGCUUACGUCAAAUUCUCAAAAUAUUCCAAAACAACAAAUCAAAAAUUUAUUUUAUUCGCAACAGAACAACGAAUCUAUCAUCUACAAAAUCAAGUAAACCAUUGUGUCUAAUUUCUUAGUUUAAAAGUAAAGCAUCGCCAAACAAAAAAAAUCAAACCAAAACAAUGAUCAACGAAAUGUUUACCCACACCAAACACCGAGUGAAGGUAACACGCCCAAAGCCCGUUUACCUCUGGAGUGCCUCAGAUGUCCUCAUCUGGUAUCGACGACAUUGCAGUGAGUAUCUUUCCUACAUUGAAAAUUUCUCGAAAAACGAAAUCACCGGCCGGGCAUUGCUCCGCAUCACGGACCACUCGCUAUUGCGUAUGGGCAUUUCCAAUUACCGAGACCGUGAAGCAAUAUGGCGAGAAAUCGUUAAGCAGCGUUUGAAAACUGAUUUUAUGGAAAUCAGAGACAUGGAACGUAUGGAUCAUGCUUAUGCAUAAAGUGGCUUUAGAGAAAAUCUAUAUUUUUCUACGAAAAUUUAAUUGAACGACAGUUUUAACAAAGACUGGGUUAUAAGAGUUAGGAUAAGGUUAUAGGAAGUUAAGUAUCAUUAUUAUAAAAAAAUUAUUCACAAUAAAAAGAAAAGCAAUUUGGUUUAUUAACGAACGAUAUAAAA